AGGAACUUGAGCCAUCUGCGUCAGACACUCAAGGUGUUCGAGAUGGAGUCAAACGUGAAUGUUCUUUACGAAUUUACUUUAUACGUGACAUUUGGUGAAGUGAAACUUAUCGAUUGCUGGAAGAAAUUAGACCGAUAUUAACAAUGGCGUAUUGGAGCGCAUCCACUGCUACAACUAGCGAAGAGGAGAAGAAAGAACAGAGGCUUAUAGAUGUCAUGUUUCUCUGUGACGAGUGGAAAUCUUCGAAAGGUGGAUUAUCAACUUUCAAUCGCGAGUUAGCUAUUAAUUUGGCAGAGACAACGACUGGUAGCAUGAACAUCCACUGCUAUGUCUCGAGAAGCGAUGAUCAGGACAGAGAAGAUGCUGAACAACAUGGAGUGAAUUUAAUCACCGCUCAGACUGUUCCUGGAUCGCGAGAUCCCUUAGAUUGGUUGAAAGUUCCACCUCCAGAGCUUCCGAAUCCGCAUAUUGUGAUCGGUCAUGGCAGAAAACUUGGAACUCCAGCAUGUCACAUUGUACGAGUUUCAAGAUGUAAAUGGGUUCAGUUCGUCCACGUCUUCUGCGAAGACCUUGGAAAGUUCAAAGAAACUACUGCCACGGCUGUUACAGAUACGAUCGAGGAGAACGAGGAGAAGCAUAAGAUGGAAAUUGAGUUGUGUAAAGCAGCGGAUGCAGUUGUCGCUGUCGGCUCACGUCUACAACAGAAGUACAGCAGAAGUCUACCAAAUGUAGAGAUCAUCACCCCCGGAAUCGUGGAAAAGUUUUGCAACGAAUCAAUAGAAUCAAGAGAACAUGCAGGUGUAUUAUCGAGGACGUUGAAUGCCUUUAAGUCCUACAUGGUCAUUAAGACAUUCAACGUCUUCAUGUUUGGCCGAGCAACCUUUGAAGACCUUUCUUUAAAGGGUUAUGAUAUAGUGGCAAAUGCCAUAGGUUCCCUUGGAGGGAAAUUUGAGCUCACAUUUGUUGGCUCUUCUCCUGGUGAGCACCGAAAUGUGGAGCGAUGGUUUCUCCAGAACACAUGCAUCAAACGCAAGCAGAUAACGAUUCGUGGUUAUUGCACUGAUCAGGAUGAACUGAAAGGAAUGUUUCACCAAUCAGAUCUAGUUGCUCUUCCUUCACGUACAGAAGGAUUUGGGUUAGUUGGCCUCGAGGCCAUUUCUUGUGGAGUUCCUAUUCUUGUUUCUGGUGAAUCUGGAGUAGCUGAAGCUUUGCAAAAUGUAGAAGGUGGAAAUGCUGUCAUUGUUGGAUCAGAUGAAGAUGAAUGGGCGCGGAGGAUAAGUGAGGUGUCUAGCCAAAGUCCAGAAGAGAGACAAACCCAUGUUAGACAGCUCAGAGAGAACUACAGGAAGGUUUACUCUUGGAAAGCAGAAUGUGAGAGGUUUAACAGGCUGAUUGAAAAUGUUGUGAAAACUGCAAAUGAUGGUCAAUCAAAUAUUAAGGUUGAGGUGGAUGACUUGAAGCCUGAAGAACAGAAUAUGCAGAUUGGCAUGUUGGCAGCAGAGUCUGUCCAAUGCCAAGAGGUUCAGCAGCCUAGGGCACCUGCUACAUUAACGGCAUCUGCUACAUUAACUGCAUCUGGAAGUGUGUCCUAUUCACAGAAGGAGCAUCUCAAGGCCUUUGAAAAGGAAAUCUUUCUAUCAAUUGUUAGAAAUUAUCUCCAGACCACACCACCACAGUCCCCUGAAGAGCACACUAGGUUCAUGGAAUACAUGAAAGAAAUGAGGCUAAUCAUUACUGGUGUUGCUGUAGGAAGUUUGGUGAUAACAGUGAAGUGUGAAUCUCUAAUGAUCUUGGAGGAGUUGUGGACAGAUUACUCAUCUGGUCGUCUUGAUGAAGUGGUUCAGAAUUGUUUUGUAACUGAGAAGAUCUUGAAGGAACUGAACCUGGCUGAGCUGAGGCUGAAGACAACAAUAGACAUAGAAGAGUACAAUGCAUGCAAAAUGUUCUUUGAGAAAGAUGCUCUUAGAGAUGCUUUAUCCUCUGAAUUCCACUCCACAAGUUCAACCAGUGAAAGUCCACUAACAAAAGAACAAUGGGAAAAAAGUGAACAGAAGACAAAGAUUAUGGAGACGGCAAAAUUGGAAGAUCAGAAAUUGAACAUCAAAGUUGAUGUGGAACAUGUGAAACGUGCAGAUCAAGAUGCUUACAAUACAGCUUCAGUUUUAGCUUUGGAGCCAGCAGGAUAUCAGAAGGCAUCCACAGCUUCAGGCACAAAGAGAAAAGGACAUUCUGAUGCAGAUUUAGAAGAUCCCCAACCAAUCAAAAAGAAAGUCUUGUGCUUAAUUGCCAUGAAUUACCUUGAUACUACACCAGCACAGAGCAGGGAUGAACGCAAUGAGUUUAAGGAAUACUUACAAGAAAUGAAGGUCUUCAUCAUAGGUGUUUCUGUGGGAAGUUUGGUGAUAACAGUAAAGUGUGAUUCUCUCUCAAGCUUGGAGGAAUUAUGGGAAGAUUACUCUUGUGGCCUUUUGGAUAAGAUGGUACGAGAUUGUUUUGUAACUGAAAAGAUCUUGAAGGAACUUAACCUGGCAGAACUGAAGCUGAAAACAACGAUGGACACAGAAGAGUACAAUGCAUACAAACUGUACUUUCUUGAGAAGGAUGCACUCAGAGGUGCCUCAUCUUCUGAAUUCCACUCCAUAAUUUCAACCAGUGAAAGUCCACAAAAACAAAAAGAGCUGAAAAAAUGGAAACAGAAGACAAAGAUUGUUGAGACAGAGAAACUGAAAGGUACUUCACCCCUCACUGUAAUACCCACCACUGGUCAUGGAAAAGAACUUAUAGGAAAAGCACAGGGAAGGAAAGGUGAACAGGAAGCUCAGUUUGAAUUAAUAUCUGUAGUAAAUAUGUUCAGCAUGUUGCCUCCCCUUGGAUCUUCCACCUCUGAUCCUGAAGAUGAACUAGAAGUGCUACAUAUGAAACUUCAAAUUAUGAAAGGUUCUUCAUCUCCCCCUCUUCUCUCCACCACUGAUCUUGAAGAAAAGCUAGAGAGAGUAUGUGUGCACCUUGAGAUGCUAAGAAUGGAAGGUGGUUUUCCUGUCCUUCAAUUUUCAACCAUUGAUCUUGAGGAAAAACUAGAUGAACUACGCAAGGAGUUUCAGAGGCCCAGAAUGGAAGGUACUUUGCCUCCCCCUGAACUCUUUACUGCUGAUUUUGAAGAAGAACUAAAAGGACUAUGUACAGAACUUAACAGAGUCAGAAUGAAAG